UCUCUGCGCCUGUGCAUGUGUGCGUGUGUGCGUGGAGAAAUUACGCGAGCACUGUUGUGUUGUGCUGCUGCUGCUGCUGGAGGACGACCGGAAACACAACAGGGUCGCGUUUUAGAGCAUAUGUGAUCACGCAGAAGAAGAAGAGGAGGAGGAGGUUCGGUUCUCCACCUGAAUGCCCCUCACGGUUGGAACCGUGCAGGAAAUAGAACAUAUUGAUUUGGCCCUGUAGGAGACGCUGGGAGGAACGUGAGGAUCAUGGAUUAAUAACCGAGUGAACAUCCAUCCGAGAGGUUCCAAAUGUUGAACAUGUCCACCCCCAGCGAGCUGAAGUCUCCUUGCGUGACUCGCAACGGCAUGGUGAAGUUGCCCCCGAGCCAGCCCAACGGUCUGGGCAGCGCCAGCAUCACCAAGGGCACCCCUGCUGCCAAGAACCGUCUGUGCCAGUCCUCAACAGUGCCCUCCAUCCUGCCUCCUCCGCCAUCCUCCCUUCCCUACCACCAUCACCACCACCUGGACAGCACGGUCAUGCCACAUUCAGCAGCCUCUAUUCUGGGUUCGGACCUGGAACCCGGCAAGCAGCUUGUAGGCCUGAAGACCCUUCGUCAACUACCCCCCCUCACUUUGCCCAAACCCAUCCUGUUGGAGCGGCAACUUGUGCUGGAUGAGAAGCUGCUAAACCGACUGCUCUGGUACUUCACCACUGCUGAAAAGUGUGUGUUGGCGCAGGUAUGCAAGACAUGGCGCAAAGUGCUGUACCAGCCAAAGUUCUGGGAGGGUGUGACACCCAUACUGCACGCCAAGGAGCUUUACACCCUGUUGCCCAAUGGAGAGAAGGAGUUUGUCAGUCUUCAGGCCUUCGCCCUGCGUGGCUUCCAGUCUUUUUGCUUAGUGGGCGUGUCAGACCUGGACAUUUGUGAGUUCAUUGACAACUACCCGCUCUCCAAGAAAGGUGUACGCUCUGUCAGCCUCAAGAGGUCCACCAUCACGGACGCUGGCUUGGAGGUCAUGUUGGAGCAGAUGCAGGGUCUGAUGCACCUGGAACUGUCUGGAUGCAACGACUUCACGGAGGCCGGCCUGUGGUCCAGUCUAAACGCCCGCUUAACGUCACUCAGCGUCAGCGACUGCAUCAAUGUGGCCGACGACGCCAUCGCUGCCAUCUCACAGCUUUUGCCCAACCUAUCCGAGCUGAGCCUGCAGGCCUACCAUGUGACUGACACGGCCAUGGCCUACUUCACAGCUAAACAGGGCUACACCACGCACACUCUGCGGCUCCACUCAUGCUGGGAGAUCACCAAUCACGGUGUGGUAAAUAUGGUGCACAGCCUUCCCAACCUGACAGCACUCAGCCUUUCCGGUUGCUCUAAAAUCACCGACGACGGUGUAGAGCUGGUGGCGGAGAACCUGCGGAAGCUACGCAGCUUGGACUUGUCUUGGUGCCCCCGGAUCACUGACAUGGCCCUGGAAUACAUUGCCUGUGACUUGCAUAAAUUGGAAGAACUAGUGCUUGACAGAUGUGUACGGAUCACAGACACAGGCUUGGGUUAUUUGUCGACAAUGUCUUCAUUGCGGAGCCUCUAUCUGCGCUGGUGUUGUCAGGUGCAGGAUUUUGGACUGCAGCAUUUGUUUGGAAUGAGGAGUCUUCGUCUUCUCUCUCUAGCAGGUUGCCCCCUGCUGACCACCACAGGCUUAUCAGGCCUCAUUCAGCUGCAAGAUCUGGAGGAGCUGGAGCUGACCAACUGCCCGGGAGCCACCGCCGAGCUCUUUAAAUACUACUCACAACACCUGCCGCACUGCAUGGUCAUCGAAUAAGACCGCCGUUCCCACCCUGGCAACCAACUGCAAUACUUCAACCUUCCUCCUCGCUACUCUUCCUUACUCUUUGUCAAACGGCAGCCAGGACACAGAACACCAUUCGUCACCACCUGGCCCCGACCCCACCCGUCUUCCUCCACACCCCAUUGAACAGGCGGACCAGCAGGAGGGUGCUUCAAGACUGGAUGGCGUUCAAUGUUGAAGACACUGGAGCGAAAGGCCUGGUAUGACGUCUUGUCUGGCCACGAGUUUCUUUCUUAAAGGGUACGGGAGAAGCUUUGAUGACAAACUCUUAGCGGAUUGGAUUCUUAAGGAAGUGGCAUUGGGGGAACACAAAGAAGGACUUUUGUGUUCUGGUGGAAGUCACACAUGUGCGUACACACUUUAACCGCACUCACAUGCAUACCGUGUGUGAUACAAGUACUAACUGUUCUUUGCUUCAUCACUCUGUGUAAUAUAUCCGUUUUCUCAAAGUGUUCAGACACAAACCAGCCGCUAAUGAAAUACGGAAGGAACUUCUCUUUCUCUUUUUUUCUCCCUCGACGUGUGUGAACUGUGAGUCAUGCACCAUUUUUUGGGAUCCCACCAUUCUUUUCCCCCCCAUCUCUUAUCAGAAGUCAAAAACAACACGACAUUUGGAGAAACUACUGUUUACAUCAGGGGUGUCCAAAUUAUUUCCAGUGAGGAAAAAUGAAUGGGAUUUUGAUACAUUUUGUACAUUAAUGAUGCUUAAACAACAAUCCAGUGUAGGUCAAUACAGUGGAUCCCCGCACAUUAGCGAUUCAGCAUUCGUGGAUUUUUCUGUUUUUUUCACCAAAAAUAUUGCCAUUUUUGCCAUUUUUUUCCACAUGAUUCACCAUAAGUCGGUAAUAACUCAUAAAUAAUACAAGUAACAUGUACGGCAUACAUGUAUCACUGUUGGAAAGCCUGCAAUUUUUCCAUGUUUAUGUCUUUCACUUUUGUCAAGCGUUAAGACUUCGCACUUUCUUUGGAGAUCCUUGAACGCACCAUAGUUGAGACACUAAAGUUUGACUCGCUACGGAAUCGUUCAUUAGUAGUGAGUAACUAUAAAUUUUAUACUUCCAAUGCAUUUAAUAAGUGUAUGAUUCAUAUUUAGGGCUUAAACCACAAGUGAACAAUGGCAGUGGGAGGGUUCUGGAGCGUCACUUUUAUUGUAAAUGCUGAUCAGAAAUCGGAGGAGAACAUCAAUGUCAAGCUACCAAGAGGGUUUGUGGGGUGGGCAAGUGUCAAAGAUAAAUAUACCAAUUACUCACAUUUUUGUUUUUUUUGCUGGUUGUCCAAGGAACGUAACUAACCCUCGCAAAAAGCGGGGAUCUGCUGUACUGUAUAUGCUAAGCUAUCUGAACAAAACAUCGACAUCUUAGCUUUGCGUGUUAGGUGGCAAAGCGUAUUAGUGUAAUAUAUCAUAAUAUAUCUUAUGAGGAAAGAAUUUGUUGCAUUUUUUGACUAAAAAAACAAGAUGUGGGCCGAAAAUGGACCCGCACUUUGGACACCCCUGGUUUACAAUGUUUGUUGCUUUGCGUUGGCGUUGCAGGCUUGACCGGCUCAUUAUUUCCUGUUUUUCAUUCCCAUUUUUUUGCAAGACGGUGAAAUGAUAGCUCUAGAUAAGGCGCUGUUGUGUCUUUAAUGCGUGGUCAGCGAGGCAGUUAAAGAGUGGGAAGAGAGAAUGAUACAUUUGUGUUGUUUGCUGGAGAGAUUCUGCUGACGGUUAAGUGCUUUUUUUCUUCAAAGGUGUCACGAGUCGAUACAAGAUGGCUCGCAGUGUUUAAGUUGGAGGUUUUUUUAGAGCGUUGAAGGGACGUUGAAUUUUGGAACUGGUAUUUUUAUUUGAAUUUGUGUCGGUAAAAACGAGUUGUGUGGACUGACUACUUGAUGGCAAGUCUGGGGUUUUCACUCCAUCUGGGAGUUUUGGUUUUUCCGUGCACUUUGUGAAUCAGUGGGCUUGUUCGAAAAUGACAUGGCCGGUUUUAAGUCAUAUGGAGGCUCCUGCUUCAGUGAGUCCGACAAAUUUAUGGAUGCCUUUCAAUAUCUGUCCAGGUCAUUGUCUUCUAGUUGAAUGGAUCUCAGCUGGACUGUUUUGGCUGUCUUAGAGGUUGUUUCACCUCAAGCAGACUCACCCCAUCAGUUCAUGUUCAAAGGGCUAGUUCUCUCUAGUUAUGAGCAUCAACUGAUGAAUGCUCAUGACUAGAUAGGACAGCUCUAGUCCUAGUUCAUAUUCAUGACUAGAUAGGACAGCUCAAGUCCUAGCUCAUGCUCAUGACUAUACAGGACUAGAGCUGUCCUAUCUAGACAUGAGUAGUCUACUAGUAAUAGUAGUGAGUAGUAGUAGUAGUAGUAGUAGUAGUGAGUAGUCUAAUCAUGAUAGGAACUAAUGAACUGUCACGACUAAUGAAUGCUCAUGACUAGAUAGGACAGCUCUAGUCCUAGUUCAUACUCAUGACUAGAUAGGACAUCUCUAGUCCUAGUUCAUGACUAUAUAUGACUAGAACUGUCCUAUCUAGACGUGAGUGCACCCGAGUCCUAUCUAAUCGUGAUAGGAACUAAUGAACUGUCACGACUGAUGAAUGCUCACAACUAGAUAGGACAGCUCUAGUCCUAGUUCGUACUCAUGACUCGAUAGGACAACUCUAGCUCUAGUUCAUGCUCAUGACUAUAUAGGACUAGAGCUGUCCUAUUGAGACAUGAGUAGCCCGAGUCCUAUCAAAUCAUGAUAGGGACUAAUGAAUUGUCAUGACUGAUGAAUGCUCACGACUAGAUAGGACAGCUCUAGUCCUAGUUUGUACUCAUGACUCGAUAGGACAACUCUGGUCCUAGUUCAUGCUCAUGACUAUAUAGUUCUAAAACUGUCUUAUCCGUCCUACUCCUUCAACCGAAGAUUCAUUUAGCGGGUUAGCUUCUUCUUCUUCGAUUGUUUAUUGGCGGUUAGCAAGCAGCUGAGACAGUUAGCUAGUUUGCUAGCGACUAUUGACCACAACAGGAAACAGCACGAAGGAGAUUUAUUGACAAUGGUAUACAGCCAAUCAGAACGCAGAACACAACGGACGGGUUCUCCCUUAGCCAAUAAGGACUGUUGUGGCUCUAUAUUUAGCCGGCUAUUGUCUACUGUGGCUUCCUAAUAUGCUCGUACAGGCACAUAAACGCAUACUGAGACUAGGUGGAGCCGCACACGUCUUCAACUCUCACGUGAGUAUACGACACCCUCUACUGGUAGCAGUAGUAAAUACAACCACAAAUGUAUGAAACAAACAUAUUAAUUCAGAAUAAUUGAAAUUUACUGAUUGUCUUAUUAGUAUUUUUGCUGUUGUGACAAAUACGUCACGUCAUGCUUUGCAUAGCUAUUCUAAUGCUAAAAGCCCCACAGCGAUAUUUUCCUAGCUUGAUUUAUAUGAAUUCAAUGAAGAAAUAUAGUAAGAACGGUUGAAUCGUAAUAUUUGACACCCUAUUAAAACAUUAGAAUUGUUCAAGGGGUUUGAAAUGACAUUCAAUGGCACGAAAAAUAACAUUUGGAAAUUGGCUAGCCUACAUGCCAACUGGGGGGAUGCCAAAAUGUCCCCGACUGCUGCUUGGAAGACAUAAUGACAUCCAAAAAGUUAAAUAAUAAGCCAUGUUAUUCUUCACACGUUCUUCAGCGAGUUCCGUGUUUACGAACCAAAAUUAACUCAAUCAAUCCCAGCCAUUUUUCAAAAGACAACCCCUUCAGUACCGGCCAUUUUGGACGACUUUGACUGAUCUUUCAAGGCACGCCGAAUAUUGUGUUCUAUGGCUAUAUAAACAUGGACCAUACCAAAAGAAGGAUUAGAAUCCCAUCUUUCAUCAGAAAAAAUAGUUUCUAUUUUUUCCGUUGUUUAGUAAUCAGCAGUAGAACAUAGUUACGUUUCAGGAAAAUAUCAGUUCCUGACUACAAAAUGGAGAAAACCAGCUUUUUGUGGAAAGAAGCAAGCAUAACUUUCACUUAGACACAAAUAUUUUUUUUCUUUUGUGACAGCUCAAAUAUCUAAACUAUACCAACAUAAACGACACAAAAAAGAGGUUGUUUUACAUCAAAAUCAUUUAUUUACAAAUAUAACACCAUGAACGAUUUGCAAUUUUCACAUUUGGAACUGAACUGCGUGUGUGCACGGUGCGUUCAAAUUUCCCUACAAUGCGUAACCUUCUGCACGCUACACUCCUCCACACUCUUUCACUUCCUCCUUCCUGUCGUGUGAUUUUUACAUUACGCGAUCCCGGCGGAGCUGUUAUGAAAUGCACUUCUGCCACCUUGUGGCCGUUUUUAUGGCUUAAAAUUGCUCUGAAAGUGAAAUGCAUUACUGGAGAGUUGCGUCAUCACCUGCUUUUCGCACCAAAAACACGUAAAUGACGUAUACAUACGUCGUUGGGAUCGGGCGUUCGGGUUAAUACAAACGUAUAACUACGUCUUUGGUAUUGACUGAGUUACGUUGAGUGCGUUCAUAACCACAAAACGUCAUAAAGCGAGGACCACCUGAAUUUAUCACUUAGGUACAUGAUGAGUUCAAGUCAAGCCCAUUUUAGGACAUUUAAAGUAGUUCUUUAGUGGGUUCUUAUGGGUAAGCUAAGAUAAACAUGACCUUUGCGUGACAGAACGGCAUCCGUUAAUUUGUCUGGACUCAAGCAUCGGGACAAAAAAAGUCCCCAUCAAGUAAACAAAGAAAUAAAUGACCCAUCAUUUGAAUUUGAUUAUUUUUCUAGCAUUCGUUGGAUAUCAAAAGGAGCGAGCCACUGUGCUACUUUUGUGUUGCCUCUAGUGUGUCGUCAGACGUGCCGACUGCCAUCUGCAAAGGCUGGCUGGGUGACAGCCGGUGUUAGGUUGUGCCAAAUACAUGUGCAGCAUCACGCGUGGCUGCUUUGCCUCAUACGUGGACUGACAGGGGGCAGACCAUGCAUGUUUUUUUUAGUUGCUCUGCCUCUGGAUUUCAACAACGCUGUCCUUUUACCUCUUCAGUGUAUAUAUUUAUUUAUUUAUUACAAUUAAUUUGUGUCUUGCCUGUUUGAUUUAUUUAUUGAGAGAGUCUUCAAAUUUGGUCUAGCAAUGAUUGCUGAUUUUUUUUUUUUUAAUUAUAAUUUUUCAACCCCUAAAAUAAAUAUUUGACUUUGUGCUGACAUGAUGUAUUGACUGUCAUUGUCUUGAAUGUGGCAGAAAGCAUACAAUGUUUGCCACUUACCUCUGUCAUGGCUAAGCUAUGUUUACAAUAUACUACUACUCAAACAAUGAAGGGCAAGAUUUAUGGUUUGCUAAUGCAAAAUGAAAUCUAUGGAAGCUUAUUAGGGACAAACUAACAACAAAUCGUCAUCAGAAUGAGCCUGUAUUGAUGUGUGUUGUAUGUUUAUCACUCUUGUCAUGUAUGGCACAUUUUUUAAAGUGUAAAGUGUCUUAACACACGGGUGUCAAACUCAAGGCCCACGGGCCAGAUUUGCCUGGAAAGCAAAGACACUUUUUAAAAAUUAUUUCAAAAUAAAAAUAUUUAGAUAUAUUUUAUUAUUAUCAUUUAUUUUAAUUUAUUUAUGUCAUUUUUUUAAUAUAUAUAUUCUAUUAAAAUCUUUCUUGAUAAAUGUAUUUGUUCUGUCAAUUUUGACAGAAAUGCAAUUGGAGUUUAUUUUUUUUGUUGUCAAACCCUAUUUCAAAUUAAUAAUACAAUAGUUGUACACUGUAAAUUCCAGUGUAUAGGCCGCACCCACUAAAUUUAGAGGAAAAAACAGAUUUGUUCUUAUAUAAGCCACACCGGUGUAUAAGCCGCACGUGUCUACGUCAUAAGGGGGCAUAUUGUGGCGUGCACGAGUCCGUGAGGACCAGUCAGCUCUUUAUUUGACAGGAGCCAAUCACGACUUGUGAAAAAACUCACAACUAGCUUGUCAACCCAUUGGAAAUUGCAGGAGGUCAUUACUCAGUAUAACAGUUUGACUCACGGUUUCAUCUUACAAACAACAUUAAGCUCAUCACGCAAAAACUCAAAACAUUAUACCUCAGAAAUAUAGAAACAUGUAUCAAUAUGAGUUUUAUAUGAAAAAAAAAACAUUUUAAAGUGUUCCCAUAAUGCAUUUUGUUUGAGAAAACCAUUUAAUUCCAUUUCAAACGAGGGAAGCUGACGUCAUUGCAGUGCCCCAAUGAAUGUGUUGCACAGAUGCAAUGCCAUAUGGAAAAACUUUCAAUUUUUAUUAUUUUUUAAAUUUUAAACUGAUAUUGGGAUGUGUUUGUAUAUUUGUAUAUACACCUUUUGAGUAUUAAGUUGCGGCGUGAUAAAUUUAGUGCCGUUAGCAAAGUUUUCUUCGAAAGAUGGCACCGUGAGUCAGACUCUUAUGUUGUUAAACUGGUAUAGAUAGUGACCUCCACUGACUUCCAGUGGGUUGACAAGCUUUUUGUGAGUGCACUAAUAGCUCCUGAUUGGUUCCUGCCAAAGAAAGAGCUACCCUUUCCUCAUUGACUCACGAGCGGCACACACUAUUUAAACAAUUCGAAGUAGUUCUGAAGUGAAGGAGACGUCGCGAGCCGCACCGCUGUAUAAGCCGCAGGGUUCAAAGUUUAUGAAAAAAGUAUUUUUUUACAGCACUCAAAUUUCUGCUUGGCACCUUGACUUCUUAUUUGAAUGUAAAUUUGUUGGUAAGACAAUACAAAAUGAAAAUUACAAUCAUCAAAUGAGUAACAAUAUCAUAAAGUGAUUUUACAUUUUGAUGGUUUCACAGUUACAGGCGGCUCUCGCAGGGUAACCAUAACUGCGAUGUGGCCCACGGUGAAAAGAAGUUUGACGUCCCUGUCUUAAAACAUGUGUGGUCUCCCCUACCACCGGAAAAACUGUUUUUUUUAGAAGGAUUUUGUGGAAUUUUCUGCGGUGUACUAAGGAAUUUUGCUCAUCAUCCACAAGAAGAACACACGUCUUUCCCUUUUCUGUGCGUUCUAGAUAGCAGACUUGCGCUGGCACAUUCGUGAUAACAUGUAAUACUUACAGUAUUUUGGUCAUUUUAAGCACUACCGGAGCUUCUUUCCAGGGCGCACUGAUUUCAAAGAGCGGAUAGCAACUAAUGCUACUUCCGUUACUUUGAGCCCAAAUGUACGGAGGAUGAGCGACACAUUUUAGAAGCUGAGCCGGCAAGAAGAGAAGGCGAAACGUCGAAGCAGACGAGGGCUGAGAGAGUCAGAAAAGAAGCUCCUACAAGAACAAUGUCACUUUCCAGUAGCUUGGUUAAUUAGUGUUUUUGGUUGUUUUGGUUUUUUUAGGCGACUCCCCAUUACCUGCAUUGUUAGUGAAAAACAGCCAGCACCUAUCUAGAACACACAGAAAAGGGAAAGACGUGUGUUCUUGUCUCACAUAAGAAUUGUGGAUGAUGGGCAAAAUGAAAAAAAAAAGGUAGGAACUAAAAAUCAAGAAAUGUAACCUUUGACUUACUGCUGUAGAACAGAAGUUAGCAAGUUUGGGAAAACAAAUCUUUACUUUUCUCAAGCUACACACUUUGAAAACUCCUGUAUUCAAGGAUUUUUGUUGUGAACCAUCUACAGUGGAACCCGCUUAAGUCGACCCCGUUUAUAUCAACAACCGGUCUGUGUGGCCCACUAAAAAGUGCCCGCUUAAGUCGAUGUGUUGUGAUGUACUGUUAACUCCAUCAUUAUUGCUCAGCAGCAACAACUACUGUGUAGUUACACAGCAUUAAGAUGUGCACACAGUGACUUCCUGUUCAGUGCAAAGUAAGCUUCAAAAUAAAGGGAUAACCUGGGUUCUAUCACAGGAACUAACAAAAUGCACCCAUGUAUUAGUAUUUUUUAGAUUGUUAGCCACUGGAAGAAAGAUGUGCGCCUGUACCAAAGCUUUAUUGUCAUUGUAGUCAAGACGUUGAAUGAAAUUAGCGCAGCAGCUCUGUUAGAUACGAGUAUAAAAUACAUGAAAACAGAAGAAUCUACAUAAAAAUAUGUAUAAAUCCUUUAUGGCCGACGUCAGUCAACCAGUCAGAGGGGCGUCGCCAUAAACGGGCACCACUGUAUUUGGUGUAUCUUAUGUUACUCGUGAAUGAAGACCAUCGUGUCGGAUACACUCAAACAUUACACGUGUGAAGUGCUAAAUCAAACAGACUGACAUCAUUUUUCUACGUCGUGGGAUUUUUAAUAGGCGACAGCUUAAAAAAAACCUUCUGAAUGUGGUACUGUAAAUGUCUUAGCAGAAAAUAAUCAGAUUGUUAUGAGAUCAAUUGUAUACUAUACCCUUUUUCUACGAGAGUAAGAUAAGCAAAUGGAAUUAUUUACAUGUUGUCUUGUCAGUAAUUGAUGUAGUAUUUAGUACCAGUCUAUACCAGUGUACAUUAUUACAAAUAUUUUAAUUAUUCCUGCAUUUGAUACCGAUUAACACAACUCUGCCUGUAAUGAGCUUCCAUAGAUUCAUGUGCAAGUUUACAUAUCAUAAACGAACGUGUACAGUCAGGCAUUUUCUCAGCUAAAAGCAACUAACGACAAAUCUGAGUCCACGGUACAUGACCUAACGUUUUCCAAGGAGAAUCAUUCCUGCCACUUCUACUGCUGUCUACGGUCUUUGUAUACAUCUGUCACCAUUUUGUUACAACCCCUGUACAGCACAACUUUCAACAGUAAAAUAAAUGACGACAAUUUACUGAUAAUGAAAA